GGAUUGGUGUCACUAAGUUGGUGGGGUGUUUCAAGUGCUGGCAGCAAGUUUUUAUUAGUUUUUAAAGGGAAGAAAAUGUUACAGGAUAAUGUAGUUUUCUUAUGCUUUUAUCAUCAUCGAAGCUUAAUAUAGUGCAUGCUUGCAUUGAAUGGCUUACCUAGCAUGGUACUACCUGGUAUUCCUGGUAGGUAUCUUUGUUUUUAUCGCAGCCAAUGACACCUGUCAUAACCGGGGUAGAAGAGCAGGAAAAAUUACUUGAAGAUGCGAUCGGCGUGGUCAAAGUACAAGCCUUCCAAAUGAAACACUGUUUGGACAAAUCUAAAUUGAUGGAUGCAUUGAAACAUGCUUCUACAAUGUUGGGAGAACUUAGAACAUCACUUUUGAGUCCGAAGAGUUAUUAUGAAUUAUAUAUGUCUAUUACCGAUGAACUGAGACAUUUAGAGCUUUAUUUGUUAGAUGAAUUUCAGAAAGGAAGAAAAGUUACAGAUUUAUAUGAAUUAGUGCAAUAUGUUGGCAAUAUUGUGCCUAGACUAUAUCUACUUAUCACAGUUGGACUGGUGUAUAUCAAAACAACUCCUGGCUUAAAAAGAGAUCUAUUAAGAGAUUUAGUAGAGAUGUGCAGAGGUGUUCAGCAUCCCUUGAGAGGUCUAUUUUUAAGGAAUUACUUAUUACAGUGUACACGUAAUAUUUUACCAGAUGUUGCUGAAGGAGACGACGAAGAUGGAAGUGUCCGGGAUAGUAUAGACUUCGUCUUGAUGAAUUUCGCGGAGAUGAAUAAACUAUGGGUACGCAUGCAACAUCAGGGUCAUAGUAGGGAUCGAGAAAGAAGAGAGAGAGAAAGGGAAGAACUUCGAAUCCUAGUAGGCACUAAUCUAGUACGACUUAGUCAAUUGGAAUCAGUUACUUUAGAUAAGUACGAAAAGCUUGUUUUACCAGGAAUUUUGGAACAAGUGGUUAGCUGUAGAGAUGCAAUUGCUCAAGAAUAUCUCAUGGAAUGCAUAAUUCAAGUUUUUCCUGAUGAGUUUCAUCUUCAAACAUUAAACGCGUUUCUGAAGUCUUGUGCGGAACUUCAAAACGGUGUAAACGUAAAAAAUAUAAUUAUUUCAUUGAUAGAUCGUCUUGCAGCAUUUAGUCAAAGAUCAGAUGGUGUAGGAGGACCUGGGAGUCCAAAUCAAGUACCAGGAAUUCCUCAGGAUGUAAAACUUUUUGAUGUUUUUAGUGAUCAAAUUGCAACUAUUAUUCAGACUAGGCAAGAUAUGCCUCCAGAAGAUAUAGUUUCUCUCCAAGUAGCUCUUAUUAAUUUAGCGCACAAGUGUUAUCCUGACAGAGUAGAUUAUGUGGAUAAAGUCUUAUUAACAACUGUUCAAAUAUUCCAGAAACAGAAUGUGGAUAAACUCGAAUAUAACAGUGCAGUAUCAAGGGAAUUAGUAAGACUGAUGAAAAUUCCAAUAGAUAAUUACAAGAACAUAUUGACUGUUUUGAAACUUGAACAUUUUGCUCCACUGUUAGAUUACUUUGAUUUUGAGGGCAGAAAGUUGUUAGCAAUUUAUAUAAUAACAAAUAUUUUAGAAAAUGAAACUUUAAUACCGACUCAAGAACAAGUAGAUGCAGUACUCUCUAUGGUGGCUCCUUUAGUGCAAGAUCAACCUGAUCAACCCAAUAUAGAAGAAGAUCCAGAAGAUUUUGCAGAAGAACAAGGACUUCUUGGUAGACUGAUACAUCAUUUUAAGUCUGAAACAGCCGAUCAACAAUACAUGAUAUUGAGUGCUGCCAGGAAACACUUCAGUGCAGGUGGAAAUAAGAGAAUAAAGUACACUUUACCACCAAUUGUGUUUCAGGCUUAUCAGCUAGCUUUCACAUAUAAGGGUCUGAAGGAUCAAGAUGACAUGUGGCAGAAAAAAUGCCAAAAGAUCUUUCAGUUUUGUCAUGCGACUAUCACAGCCUUAAUGAAGGCUGAAUUGGCCGAGUUGCCAUUAAGGCUAUUUCUUCAAGGUGCAAUAGCAAUAGGAGAAAUUCGUUUUGAUAAUUUUGAAAUGGUAGCUUACGAAUUUAUGAGUCAAGCGUUUUCAAUCUAUGAAGACGAAAUAAGUGAUUCGAAGGCUCAGUUAGCAGCUAUUACAUUAAUUAUCGCUACGUUCGAGCAAAUGAGUUGCUUUAGUGAAGAAAAUGCAGAACCAGUUCGCAAUCAAUGUGCUUUGUAUGCCAGUAAGUUAUUAAGAAAACCAGAUCAAUGCAGAGGCGUUGCUACUUGCUCUCAUAUAUUUUGGUCAGGAAAAUCAUUGGCAACAGGAGGAAAAGAAAUGCAAGAUGGGAAUAAAGUGUUAGAUUGUUUGAAAAAGGGUAUUAGAAUAGCAAGUCAGUGUAUGGAUACUUCAGUUCAAGUACAACUUUAUGUUGAAUUAUUAAAUCACUACAUUUAUUUCUAUGAAAAAGGAAAUACAGCGGUAACCGUUCAAAUUUUGAAUCAAGUAAUUGCAAAAAUUAGAGAAGAACUCCCCAAUUUAGAAGUUAGCGAAGAAACGGAACAAAUACAGAAACAUUUAGCGAAUACGCUAGAACAUUUGAGAAAUAGAAUGGAGUCUCCAGAAGCUGAUGGUCUUUCGUACCAAGGACUUGUUCUAUAAUAAAUCAAUACACUUGGCAAUUUUGUACAUAAAUGAAACCGCUGAUUAUUUUACAAAGUGUUUACAAGUUCUAAAAUCAAAAAAGGCUUACUAAGUACAGAUCACUAUUAUUCAAAUCGCAUCAAUUUUCCUACAAGAAGUAAGUUGUUAAUGAUUUGUUAAGCCAUAAAAUAUAAUCCGUAUAUUUGUUUUAAUAAAAUUUAAUACAUAGAUGA